AUGAUACCACGCCACACUGAUUCCAUCACCACGUCCGACCACAAAAACUUGAACCUUGGAACAUCUCGCAUCUGUGUUAGAGUACACUGUUCGGAGACUCCUCUAUCCGGAUCGCUCGCUUCCUGGCAAGACGGCGACUCUAUCAUUCAUGUCCUUCAGCGCGACACGCCUCCGAUCGAGAGCUUGAAGCUCGAACAUCAACUUAUACACGAAGCCGGUUGGGCCAACGCCGUAUGGACCAUCGGGAAAAACGCCGUUUGCAAAGUCCAUCCGUGGAAAGAAGGGAUUGAAUUGGAAGCCGAUGCGAUUGCUUUUAUCAGCAAGGAGUUUCCCAGCAUUCCUGUUCCAGAGAUUAUAUGCACAUGGAUAGACAAGCCUACCAACCGAUCCUUUCUCGUCUUGAAACGUAUCCAUGCUCGCACGAUUGACCAAGCAUGGGCGGAUCUGUCUCACCAGCAACGUCUCAACCUCGCGAGAGAAGUGGCUCAGUACACCGCUCUCGUGGCCACCAAGACUAGCAAUCGAUAUCAGAGCAUCUCCGGCUGCGGCGUUGGGUUCGGUCCCGGUCAUGGAUACCCUAGAGACAGUCCUAUCCAUCACUGGUUUCCUCGCACUAUUGGUCCCAUGCCUGUUGCGGAAUACAGAGCCUACUUGAAGAGUCUCUCAACCAAUCCUCUUCCCGAGUUUGACGAUGAACUCGUUCUCUUGCACGACGACCAAGGCCCCACCAAUGUUCUGGUAUCUGAUGACGGCAAUAGCGUUGCCGCGAUAAUAGACUGGGCGAACGUGGCAUACAGGCCUCGCUUUUGGGCGGUCACGGCUAUCUACUCAGUCGGCGGCUUCAUUAUGGAAGAUGAGAAAAUACCCGAAGCCGAGCGUCCUGACUACGCCAGGAUGUUGGCAGCAGCUCUGCAGGCACAAGGAUUCCCAGAGUGUAAAGAUCAGUACCGUGCUUGGAGAAACGAAGUGGCCGAUUGUGAUACGGAAAAGGACCUCGCAGAGUGGAGCAAGGUGCAGGUCAAUCCCUCCUAG